AUUUUUGCCACUUUGAGUUUACCAGCAAUUUUUGUUAGGUUGCCGGAAUUUCUUUAACAGCCGAAUAUAAUUGAAACAGCCGCAGGAUGGAGGAGCAGGCCUGUCCGCGUUGUAAGACCACUAAAUACCGCAAUCCUUCUUUGAAGCUGAUGGUCAACGUUUGCGGACACACGCUAUGCGAAUCCUGCGUGGACAUGCUCUUCCUCAAGGGCUCCGGCGCCUGCCCGGAAUGCAUGGUGCCGCUGCGUCGCAACAACUUUCGCGUGCAGCUCUUUGAGGAUCCCAUGGUCGAGAAGGAGGUGGACAUACGGCGGCGCAUAUUGCGCGACUACAACAAACGCGAGGAGGACUUUGCCACGCUGGAGGAGUACAACGACUAUCUGGAGGAGAUCGAGGACAUUGUCUACAAUCUCUGCAACAACAUCGAAAUCAUCGAGACAAACAAACGCAUCGAGGCCUACAAGCGUGACAAUCGCGAGGUCAUCCAGCGCAACAAGACGCGUGUCGGCCGAGAUGAGUGCGCUUUAGAAGAGCUGCUGGAGCUGGAGCGGGUGCAGGAUGAGUCGCGCAAGAAGGAGCUGGAUGAGCUGGAGACGGAGCACAAGAAGAAAAAGGCACGCGACAAGCAGGCACUCAUCGAGGAGCUGAUGUACAGUGGCAAGGAUGCGGCCACCAUUGUCAGCGAGUUCGCCGAGAAGGCCGAGAAACAGCGCGAGGAAGAGAAACAAUUGCCGCCACCGAAAUCGAUCAAAGAGUUCUCCACGGGCAUCAAAUUCGGCCAGACAGCAGAUCCCAAUCUGCAGCCAGUGCCCAAAUCGGAUGAGGGUCCGCUCUUCGUCUACGAACCACUGAUACCCUACACAGAUGGCCCAACGCCUCCGCCUGCCAGCGAUGUGGAGACCGUUGGAUAUAUCGCACACAUACGUCCGGAAACGCCGCAGGAGAAUGCCGGCGGCUUCACCUCAGCGUUGGCCUGCCAUCGUGCCCUGCAGGAGGCGCUACAGUGCCUCUACUAUACGCCAACCACCGGUGUGGGCGUGGCCCUUUAGCACACCCGGAGCCGUCGAAGGUUGCAGUUUGAAACUAGCCGAGCACAGCACGCUUAAUAACUUUUGUUGAACAAUUGUCGCCUUCUAUAAAAAUGCAUUAUUAUUAACGAUUAGAUAAGUGAACAGAAACUAUUACGAAUAACUUGCUUAACAUAAAUAAAUACAGUAUAUUCUUAUCCUAUUUAUACCACACACAACUUGUACCCUAUUUGCAUAAAAGACAUCUUUUCCAAUCAAUAA